AAAGAACAAAAAAUAAAAGCGUAGGAAAAAAGAGGUAUCGAAAGGCAUGAGGCAUCACUUGGCUUUCAACCUAGAAUAGAAUAGAAUCGCUGCUACAUACAAAUACAACUGAUAGUGAGAGAGAGAGACCAGAGAAUGCUGAGAUUCAGCGGCUCCGAUUCAUCGAGAAUCAAGGCGAUCCGAAAAACCCGUGGGUCACUAAUUCCACCGUGUUUUAUGGUAUGGGGGUUUCAACAUUGGUGGAUGGGAUUCGCCGCUGGUUUCAACGUCACAAUCAUUCUACUAACCCCAAUGCGGCCGAUUAUCCAUCUGUUACCAUUGUUGAGGAUUUCGAUCACAAGAUCAGAGUUCCGAAACGCAUCGCUUCCUCCCCCAUGGAUCCUCUCAAAAGGUUGGAACGAGAGUUCUUCACGGAGUAUUGUGAGGCGAGUAGAUACGAACUUCAAGAAGUUGUUGGUAAAGGAAGUUAUGGUGUUGUAGGAUCCGCUACCGAUACACAAACAGGCGAAAAAGUUGCUAUUAAGAAAAUCAACGAUGUUUUCGAACAUGUUUCCGAUGCCACAAGAAUCCUUAGAGAAAUCAAACUCCUUCGAUUGCUUAAGCAUCCGGAUGUUGUCGAAAUUCGGCAUAUUAUGCUUCCUCCUUCUAGAAGAGAGUUUAGGGACAUUUAUGUAGUUUUCGAGUUGAUGGAGUCCGAUCUUCAUCAAGUUAUUAGAGCCAAUGACGAUUUGACACCCGAACAUCAUCAGUUUUUCUUGUACCAGGUUCUUCGCGGUCUAAAGUAUAUUCACUCAGCUAAUGUAUUUCAUAGAGAUUUAAAGCCCAAAAACAUUCUUGCAAAUGCUGACUGUAAAUUGAAGAUUUGUGACUUUGGCCUUGCUCGCGUGUCCUUUAACGAUGCACCAUCUGCCAUAUUCUGGACUGAUUAUGUUGCAACCCGAUGGUAUCGUGCUCCUGAAUUGUGUGGCUCCUUUUUUUCUAAGUAUACUCCAGCCAUUGAUAUAUGGAGCAUUGGAUGCAUAUUUGCGGAAAUGCUUACGGGUAAACCGUUGUUUCCUGGAAAGAAUGUGGUACAUCAGUUGGAUCUCAUGACCGAUUUGCUCGGCACUCCUCCGCCGGAAACUAUUGCUAGGAUUCGCAAUGAAAAGGCAAGAAGAUACCUUAAUAAUAUGCGGAAAAAACAGCCGGUUCCUUUCACACACAAGUUUCCUAAUGUAGAUCCUUUGGCUCUUAAACUGCUGGAACGCCUAGUUGCAUUUGAUCCCAAAGACCGCCCAUCAGCGGAAGAGGCACUAGCCGAUCCUUACUUUAACGGGUUGUCAAAUGUGGAGCGAGAACCAUCCACUCUGCCCAUAUCCAAACUUGAAUUCGAGUUUGAGAGGAGAAAACUGGCAAAAGAUGAUGUCAGAGAGUUGAUUUAUCGAGAGAUCUUGGAGUAUCAUCCUCAAAUGCUUCAGGAAUAUUUACGUGGCGGUGAACAAACUAGCUUCUUGUACCCGAGCGGGGUUGACCGGUUUAAAAAGCAAUUUGCACAUCUUGAGGAGGGUCAUGGUAAAGGUGGAACUGGUAAGACCACUCCACUGCUAAGGCAGCAUGCUUCCCUUCCAAGGGAGCGAGUUCCUGCACCAAAAGAGGAAGACAAUCCUCAAGAAAACAAUACGGAAAAGCAAACGUCAGAAAACGUCGAAGAUGAAGUUAACAAAGGAAAUUACAGUGCCCGAAGCCUGUAUAAGAGCGCGAGUAUCAGUGCUUCCAAGUGUAUAGGUGGGAAAGGAACACGACCUACAGAGGAAGAAUCUGAUGCAGAUCAAGAAGACAGAAAGUAAGUGGCUAGUUCUUUGGUUCCAAGGCUGCAAAGGCGGAAGUUAUUACACAUUGUAGUGAAGAAUGUAAAUUUAAAGCAUGAUUGGCUUGAUUCGACGUGUUUUUUUUUUUUUUUCGGUUGCAAAGUAAAGCGAGGGUGUACUUUUUGUGAAAUUUUGGUGGGUUUUUUUGGAUGGCUUGAUUAGUAGUCGUUAUAAUCGCUAGUAAAAAGUGAUUAUAAAGCUUGAUAAUACGUAACUUGGUGAA